AUGGCAACACAAGUUUAUCCUUUUUUGCUUGAAAAUGAGCUCACUGCCAUCUUCAUUGACACUUUAGAUGCCCCAUUCAUGUUAGAUACAUGUAGACGAUUGAAAGAGAAGAAAUCCUACAUGUUAUAUACCACUGUAGGUUGUUUUGGGGUUUCUGCAUUGAGUGAUCUUGUGAAAGAGGUGGAUGCAAUCCAGUCUUGUGGAGGACAGAUGACAGCUGAUGGAAGACGUUUUCGAACAGGUGGUGGGAUAUUAUUGAAUACCAUGAAAACAAGAGAACCGGUGGCCUAUAUAGAGAUAAUGAAAAGAGCAAAGGAAUUUGAGCGCUGCAUAUCUGAUCCUCUCUUGCAGAAGCAAUUCAGGAAACAAAAUGUUUGGCGAGAACCGGAGCAAAACAAUGAGGGUUCCUCUCAAAGGUCUGACUUCGCUUUCAUUGAUGAGGCGCCAGCCAGUGUACCUGAUGGUUCUCAAAAUGAGCUUGCAUCUCAAUAUCAGCACGAACAGUCUAGUGCUGAUGAGAAACGCAAAUCUGUGCAUGAGUGGAUCAGGGUACCUGUUUCAUACGACGACUUGCUUGGAGAUGAUCUGAAAAAUGAAGCAUGAUUUCUGAACGCAGGGACCAACCUUGGCAGCAAUUUUGCACUCGGCUGUGUGGGGAUACAAAAAUACCCUUUACGACUUUGACAGGAUCGUUUUCUAGUUUUUGAAAGGAAAGUUUGCAUAGGCUGUCCGUUUUUAACUUGCAACUGUGUACUUCUUGAACAUAGAAUGUCCUCUCUUCUUCCUCAAUUUAAAAAGAACUAUUUAAUCUUA